AUGACCCCAUCCGAAGAAGAUUUCUUCGAGUACAAGAAAUUGAGAGAAGCCAUCCAAGUUCGCGUUGCCGAUGGUGUGGUCAUGAGUGCAAUUGGACGAGGGAGCAUUCGAUUUCGCUGUAAGAAUGAUACAGCAGUGACUGUAAAUGAAGUAUUGCACAUUAUAAGGCUGGACAGACGAUUGCUAGUGGUGCCGAAGAUUGUACAGCGUGAAUACAACGUUCGAUUUGAUGAAAAAUACUGCGGAAUCUACAAGGACAAUGUGUUGACGAUUUCAGCGAAGCGCACAGGAAGCGUGUACACUCUUGAUGUGGAGUAUGAGCACGCGAAGUUGGUAGAACACGAAGACGCUGGUAACAAGUGA